CGGAAGUGAUACAUGUACGUGUGUGGUGAUAGUCUCUCUCAACAUUUCCUCAGGAAAACAACGUUCUUUAUAAGACCGGGAAUCAUAUGAUGGCGUUUUGUGUUACUCUUUGUAUUGUUCUGGUUUAUUCUGCACCAGGCACGACACACAUUAUUCCCAGCACCGACGAACCAACAGUCCGUAGUACCACCACAAGAGGAAACAUGUCAACAAUACCAAGUAAAACAGAGGGAGUGACGUUUCUAUCAAAGUUUCCAGUACCAACAAGCAGGACUACGAUAACCUCAACUAACAUCAAUACAGACACUUCAGGAAAGUCCAGGAUGACCGACUGUCGGCUGCCAGGAGUGUUAUACAGAGGAUACAGAAACAUAACAGAAUCCGGACGAUCGUGUCAAAAGUGGCAGACACAGACUCCACAUGCGCACAACUAUGAUGUUUUUAGACUCGCACAAGAGAACUACUGCAGAAACUUUGAUAGAGAAGAGCCAUGGUGUUUUACCAAUGACCCAAAUGUUCGUUGGGAACUGUGUGGAGUGAAAGUUUGUGACACGCCUUGCCUCAACCAGUCCUACUAUAACACAGAGAUCAUAUCCAGCUGUCUGUCUGAUACACCCACUGAUACAGACUACUGCAAAUACAUGUGGGGCCUCGUGAAGUGUCUAAAGAACCGUGUCGAGAAUUCCUCUGGUGUUCAAUGUCCUCAGAUUCAGUUAAGGUCAAUUGCUCUACGAUUUAGGAACACGAUAGAAAUGUUGACAAGGAAAUCUAUUUCCGAAUGCACCAUGUCCCCAUGCACUGACCCUAGACUGACCAAUGUUUUCGGUCUGGUAGAAUAUGUAAACCCGUGUAAUCAGCGAACCCCAGUGGAGAAAUCAACGCCAGAUACAUUAUGCCUAAACGUACAGCGAGUUAGCCAUUGUGUGAUAUCACUGGUAAAUGAUGAAUCCAACUCAACCUGUCUAGUCGAGGAUAAGAUUUAUCUUGCUCAAAAGUUUGUUCCUCUAGUUCCUCGUGAAUAUACUGCCUAUAUCAGUGUUUGUAUAUCGAAAUUCUUAUCCGAAUUUCCUCAGCCAGUGGAAAAUACAACAGUUCUUGUAACGAAUACAGUUGCAGAUCAGGCCGUCACAACGUCCACAGACCAUACUGUUGUCAUUUUAUCUGUCGGGCUUGUCCUAGCUUUGAUUACCAUCAUUUUCAUUGGCGUCGGGUUAAUUAAAAUGAGAGCCAACAACGUACGGAAGACUGCAAGACGAUUGCCAAGUAUUCCAAAGAAAGGAGAGCAUCCAUAUGAAUUCAACUUGCACUAUCCCAAGGACUCUGACUACUUUGAUCCGGAUUAUCAGACCGUAGAGGAAAUCAACGACGGAUAUCAACAUCUAAUAGGUUAUACAAAAGACAUUGGAGAUGACAGUGGGAUGAAUUGUGAUGACAGAGGAUCGUAUGUACAACCCAAUGAGGUGCAUGUAGGGGCUACAAUUACAGAUGAAGAUGAAAAUGAUAAGCAUCAUUCUUAUUUACAAAUCUUAGAAUGUCCAGAAAAAAUGCCAUUCACAAACAACGAAUGUACAAACAUUACUGAAUUAGCGUCGACAAAAUGCGAUAACGAAAUGACAACUGAGCAGGAGAGAACGAGAGCGUCGGUGGUUAGUCGUGAAGUGUCUGAUAUAAAUCAACAAGAAACAGCGACUCUCGCCACUGAUAACAACCACAAAGAACAUUGCGACAAUGAAAAUUUGUGAUAUUGGAAUUGUAACAAAAGAAACCACUGCUAACACAUUCUCAUUGUAACAUGAAAGGUGAAGAUAACGAACACUGAUCAAUCUCAUAACUCCAAUAUAGGCGAAGAUAACGAACAGUGAUCAAUCUCAUAACUCCUAUAUAGGUGCAGAUAACGAACAGUGAUCAAUCUCAUAACUCGUAUAAAGGUGAAGAUAACGAACAGUGAUCAAUCUCAUAACUCCUAUAAAGGUGAAGAUAACAAACAGUGAUCAAUCUCAUAACUCCUAUAUAGGCGAAGAUAACGAACAGUGAUCAAUCUCAUAACUCCUAUAUAGGUGAAGAUAACGAACAGUGGUCAAUCUCAUAACUCCUAUAAAGGUGAAGAUAACAAACAGUGAUCAAUCUCAUAACUCCUAUAAAGGCGAAGAUAACGAACAGUGAUCAAUGUCAUAACUCCUAUAUAGGUGAAGAUAACGAACAGUGAUCAAUCUCAUAACUCCUAUAUAAGUGAAGAUAACGAACAGUGAUCAAUCUCAUAACUCUUAUAAGCAAUACAAAAUAGAGAGUUGAACAAACACGGACCCCAGAAUGUACCAGAGGAAGGAUAAUGUACCUAGGAGGAGUAAACAUCCCCUGUCGACCGGUCACAACCGCCACGAGCCUUAUAUCUUUAUCAGGUAAUCGGAGUUAUCCGCAGACAAAAUCAUUGUGCCAAGAACGACCUAUAAAUCGGUUUCAACAUCACACCACCGUACGUGCAAAACAUAGUUGUAUAGGUUUUCCGUUCCUAUGUUUUCAAUUUUUUUAGUCUUUUUUUUAAUUUAGUUAAUUAAAAUCUAUGAAACAUUCAAACUUUCUUACCUGCAAUAAUCGACAUUUUUUGUGUCACUGACAGACACUGUUUAGACAUGUGUUGGUUAUAUAGGAUUGGAUAAGGCAUGGUGUGUCCAAGUCAAAAUUGACAAAACAUGUUGAGCAAGUAAGUAAAUCGUUUGUUAUAGCGACAUGUGCAUUUUUCAUAAUACUGUACAUAAUCUUCUAUAAUAUACGGCUGACCUAUAAGUCACUUUUAUAUUUCAUUUAAUAUGUACAUACGCAGUGAAUAUUAGAUUAUUUGUACAAAUGCUGUUUUCUUGUUUUACACAAUACAUUAAGAAGUUUG